AUGGCUGCCUCCCAGCUGGCGGCUCUGGAAGGAGUAGAGUCAGGGGCCACGGCUCUGCCCCUGACUGAGGCUAGCCCUGGUUUCCUGUACUCUGAAGGCCAGCGGCUGGCACUAGAGGCUCUGCUGAGCAAGGGCACAGAGGCCUUCCAGGCAUGCAUGCAGCGUGAAGGGCUGCGGCCCUUCCUGAGUGGAGAUGAAGUCCAGGGCUUGGCAGCAGCAGCUGAAGACUGGACAGUAGCCAAGCAGGAGCCCAGUGGGACAGCAGAGGGAGCCACCAUCUCUGAUGGGGAUGUGGACAGCCUGACCUACUGGCCUGGGCAGUCGGAGGAGCCAGCACCCAUCCUGCGGCUGGGCUGGCCGGAGGACUCAGCCUGGAAAGGAAUCACCCGGGCACAGCUGUACACACAGCCACCUGGAGAGGGCCAGCCACCUGUCAAGGAGCUGGUACGCCAGGAAAUCCAGGCUGCCUACAAGCUGGUGGCCGUGGUCAUGGACGUCUUCACUGACCCAGACCUGCUUUCUGACUUGGUGGAUGCUGCCACACGGCGCUGGGUACCUGUCUACCUGCUCCUGGACUGCCAGCAGCUGCCUGCCUUCCUAGCACUGGCCCAGCAGCUGGGGGUGAACCCCUGGGCCACUGAGAACCUGGACAUCCGCACCGUGAGGGGCUGCAGUUUCCAGAGCCGCUGGCGGCGGCAGGUGAGCGGCAACGUGAGGGAGAAGUUUGUGCUGCUUGACAGUGACAGGGUCAUCUCAGGGUCCUACAGCUUCACAUGGAGCGACGCACGCCUGCACCGUGGUCUGGUGACACUACUGACUGGUGAAAUCGCUGACGCCUUCAGCCGCGAGUUCCGGACACUGUACGCAGCCUCCCGGCCCCUCCCGCCUGCGCCCACCCAGGGCCCCUUUGUCAGCAUCUUGGGGAGCCUGCAGACGGCCCGCAGCCCACACCACGUGGCCUGCCGCUGCUCUGUGGCCCCUGCGUCGCCACUGCCACCUGACAGCUCCCUGGCCCACCACCUGGCUGCCUGCCGCAUCUUCGAGGGGGAAAGGAAGGAGUCUCUUGCCACCACCCCAGGGCCAGCACUCAGUGACAUCCUAAGGAGCGUACAGCGUGCACAGACCCCCAGCGCCUCUCCAGCCUGGCCCAGCCGCUCCCUGUGGGACCUGAGCCGCUUGUCCCAGCUGUCCGGCUCCAGUGAUGGUGACAACGAGCUCAAGAAGUCCUGGGGCUCCAAGGAUACCCCAGCCAAGGCCCUGAUGAGGCAGCGGGGCACUGGAGGGGGACCCUGGGGUGAGAUGGACUCCCGUCCACUGGCCUGGUCCCAGCCCUGGGGUGGCCCCCUGCCCCUGAUCCCUGCCCGCCGCCUCCGCUAUCUGUCCCCAACCCACAGGAGGUUUGGAAAAGAUGCUGUAUCCAAACUCCCAGAACCCAGAGGUGUCUGGAAGCCAGACUGGGCCUCCCGGGCAGGACUUGGGGGGCAACCCUGA